UCCCUUGUAGCAAAGGAAAACAAAGUUGAAAGAAUUUGAAAGAAUGCGAAAUUACAUUAAGGUUCAACUUAUGGAGACAGACUAACUAGUGCCUGGAUCGCCAUGAGAUGGAUGGACUAGCAUGACUAGAUUAGCACUUUUCUGCUUCACUGAUCCAACUGCCAUCUACUCCAUUUUCCCCCUUCAGCAGUACUACAUGUAGUAAAUAUAAGUGGCAAGUGGGAAGUUGACAUCUUGAAUCUAUUUGGUAGUGUUAUCAUUUCCGUGUCUGACUGAAGAUGGCAAGCUGCAUGGGAGAAAUUUUUAUUUUGUCCCUCAAAGAUCAAUUUAAUAUUCCAGAUGAUGUAAUUGGCUGUCACAGUUAUCAUGAUAAAUCACAGUCAGAACUACUGUACAAUGAUGAGAAGAAAGCAUUCACUGAAGCCCAGGAUAUGAUUUGGUCACCAAAGAAUAAAAGACCAGAAAAGUUAAAGGAUGGUUUAAAGGAAGUAGAGGAGCUACUGUCUCAACACAAAGUUGUUCAUAUAAGAUGGAGAAGUAGAAAAGUAUUGCAGAUAGCCUUGAGUAAUAUGGCCAUAGUAACAUUUGUAUUCAGCUGUUUUAGUGGUGAUGCGGAGAAAGUUUUUAUAGACAAAUCAUUGGUUGGUAAAGGUAUUGGAGAAACAGUAUCAGAUGCUUUUGUCUCUGACCAAUUUUUCAUUACAACCUAUCCUGAUAAACCUAAAGUUGACUAUGGAUUCUUCAUCAAGAGGCCCCCUAUAGGGGAGGCUAUAAAGAGAUUAGAAAAAAUAUCAGCUUGGGAACCCAAGACUGUACAGAUGGACAUUCCAGGACCAUUAGGUAGACGUUUGGAGAGAAGGGUAUCGGUCAAUACUCGUCAAGAUAUGGUUUUAGUUUGGUGGCCAACCUCCAGUAUUGAAGCAUGGCCAUGGAGUCCUAUGUCAACUGAUAGAGAUCGAGCAAAUCUGAUAGUUCUAUCAAUACAUGGGCCAAAUAUAGACUUAUUGGCUUAUAAUAGGACAGAGUGUGAUCCAUUUCAUGCAAGCUUCAGCUGUUUACAACCACACAGAUUUUUCACUAUUGAACAGUCUCAGAGUGGUGGUGGCGAGACAACAGCUCAUACUUCUACGUAUGAGAUAAUUCAAGGAAAGAUUCAAAGAAUUUCAAAUAUUGCCAUUCCACUUAAAAGUCAUGUAACUUGUUUAAGUAGAAAUCAUCUAGAAGAUAAAUUAGUUCUUGGCUGUGCUGAUGGCUCUAUUGUGUUAUAUGAUGAAGGAAGGAAGUCUACAUUUUAUGUCAGGGCUGCAUUGAUACCAGCCUGUAUAUCGUGGCAUCCUACAGGGACAGUAUUCUUUGUAGUAGGUGCUAGAGGAGAUAUUCAGGUUUUUGAUAUGGCAUUAUCUCCCCUGAAAGUGCAGUUGGUGUCAGAAGAUCCAUGUACACAUAGAAUUCUACCCAUAGGCAAAUUUUUCAAGGUUCCUUACACAUUAAAGGAUAUUAAAUGGUGUUUAUAUGAUCCAAAGUCUGUAGAAUGGAAUGGUGACUACACUGAUGCUAUGUACAUGCACUUUGACAGAGGCCCUCCAGUUGUGUUUAUAUUACAUCUAGGAGUUAUCAGUAGAGAGAGACUGUCAGGUCUAGAAUUAGUCAAAGAGUACCUAAAACAUAGACAAGAGGAAGAGGCUGUACAGUUACUGAAAGCUAUGAAUUGGGACAUGGAAGGUCCUGUGUGUUACUCAAGUUUGUCUGCUAUUGUAAACCAUUUACUUAGACAACCACUUAAUGCUGAAAGAGAGGGUCAGCUAGAGUCAACAUUAGGGACAUUUUAUGCACCAAAACGAGCUUUAUCAGAAGUAACAAUCAUGGACUAUAGAGAUCCUAUCAGUCGAUUGGCUAGACGGUUCUUUCACCAGUUACUCAGGUACUCCAGGUUCGACAAGGCAUUUUUAUUGGCUGUAGAUAUUGGUUCAAGGGAUUUAUUUAUGGAUAUACAUUAUAUGGCAUUAGAUAAAGGAGAGACAGCAUUGGCAGAAGUGGCAAAGAGGAAAGCAGAACAGAUUGAAUCAGAGUCAUUGGAUUCAUUUGAUGACUAUGAUGAUGAUUUUGUGGAUAAUGGAUUUCACCAGUUAAACCAGCAACAUUUAUCACACAAUGAGGGACACUUGUCUAAUGGAGAUAUAAGGAAUGGUGGUAUACAUAAUGGCUUCCAUUCACAUCAUAGUUAUGGCAACAGGGGAGGUAAUAUAGCAAAUGGAGAAAACAGAAAUAGUCAUGUAAAUUCUGUAUUAUCUGACAUAGAAGCUGAUUUAAUAUCAGAUUACACAACAGCUUUACAACUAGAACCACAGUGGACAAAUCAUGAUCGGAGUACACCAGAUAGGAAUAACUCCUCAGAAGAAGAAGAUAAACCAAAGUCAGUGAAAGUUAUACAUUUUGGAAUUGUUUGAUUUUCAUUACCCUUUGGAUUUGUAUGAAUGUCAUCAUUAUUCCCGUUAGUUUAUACUCAUUUAAACUGUUUAUAAGAAUGAUAAUGUUGCAUAUACUGGUGAGGUUUUGUAGUUGUCUAAUGUUGCACACAGAAAGGUUAAUUUGUUAGAGGAAUGUGCCAUAUAUUGGAAAAUUAUCAUUUAAAUUAAUAUAAGUUUAUAAUAUUUGAGUACUUUAUAAUCGCAAGACUGCAGAUCUAGAACAAACGUUUUUGCUAUUAGUUAAUGAUUUAUUGAAUCUUUGUUCAAAAUGUUAUCAAGAAGAUAUUUCUUGGGUUUUUGUCUCACUUGUGUUAAAUGUAUGUCAAAGAAUGCAUGGCAUAGGGAUGCUUAUCCAGCAGCUAAUUCAGUGAUGGUGAUAAAUGAACUAUUUUUAUAAAAAAAUAUUUUUUUCCUGUAUUUUGAAACUGCAUAUCUUGUAUACAGAUGUGUUAGUCUGUAUAUAUAGUCUUAUGGUCAUAUGUCAAUUUUGAGUUUCUUUAUGCAAUAAUUGUAUGAUGAACAUUUUUAUCUGAUAUUGAACUUAUUUAAACAGAUCAUUGAUUAUUUAAAGUUAUGUGAUACCUGUAGUAAAAACUUGAUUUAAAAGAAUAUCAAUAUAAAAGUCAAUUAUGAUUAGUAAACAUACUUCAGUGUGCACUAUUGUUUGUGUCAUUUGAUUGCUGUAUUAUUGACACAUAAAUUCUCUCUCUUUGAUACACAUGUUUUGUAGGGAAAUCUACUGAACUAUCAUUCUUACACCAUUUUCUGAACACCUUAGCUAUUCAAAACAAUGACUGCAAAAUACAUAUAUAUUUAUAUGAGGAAGUGCAAAUUACCUCUAUUUUUGUGGUUUACAUGAGAAAAAUAUGAUGCUACUAAAAAUUAAUCUAGACACUCAUAUUAAAUGUAAUUGGGCACAAAAUUUGUAUGAAAUGGAGGAUGCUUAAGAACUUGUUUAUCUGCAUCUAAAUUUGAAAACAAAAAGUAUGGAAAAAAUAAAUUUUGACUCAUUCACUCUUUAUAUCAAGAUAAAUUGAGUUUUACCCGAAAAAAACGAAUAUCUGGCUAAAAUCAAGGCACAUACAAUUUUUUUUUUCUGUAUAUCAAGAGUGAGAAAGAAGAAUGUGGCAGCUAUAUAAAAUAAAACCUUUUUCCAAAGUUUAAAAAAACCAUGUAUGUGGGUCUGGAUGGUUUUCCAGAAUAAAGAAUAAUGGGUAGAAUAAAAAGCAUAUUAUUUAUCUAGUAUUAUUUCAAAGUACAGGUAUCACUAGUUAUAUUAAAAUGAUGUAUAAUUUUGUAUUUUUGAUUGUAUAUCGACUGCCUUGAUGAAAAAUGAAAAUCCUGUAAAUCAUAUAUUCAUAAGCAAAUGGUUGUGCAUUUGUCUCAUAGUUGAUAUUUCAAAAUAAUUUUUAAUGUUAUAUUGGAAUAUUUAUAUUGUUUGUUGAAAUUCUAGAUACUUCUUAUGGGGCAUAUUAAUGUGACUUUUAACUGUUAAGACUUAUUUAUAUUUAUAUGUAUAUUAAAAUGCAAUGUUUUAUAGAAAGAAUAUAACAAUUCAUUUGUAUGAAAUUGGUUUCGAACUAGAUAAGAGAGAUAAUGAAUUGAAGGGGCUUUAGAUAAUUAUAUAAGUUUCUUCAAAUCAGACUACCAAAAAGCCUCUAGAGUUUGUUCUGAUUGUAAACUUACCUAUAAAAAGUUAACUUUAGGUUUUGUAACUACUGUACAUGCACAAUAUAAAUCAAGUAACUGAAGCGGUCAAUGGAGAAAAGGACAGAAACACAAUACCAAAACCUUGGAUAUAAAAUCCUGAUGUAACCUAAACCUCUUAAUUUCUAUCUAGAUCUACAGACAAAACAAAUGACCAACCUCUUGUUAUUUGAGUCAUAGGACAAAACCUGAUCUCCUGUUAAAACUCUUUAAAGAACUAAAAGGGGAUUCUGUAUACUGACAGCAAACAAUUCAUAUUCAUAAGUUGCAAAUACUUUAUUUCUGACAUAUGUAUAUAUAUCGUAACAAUAAUAUAAUGAGAUCAUAAUUUAGUUAAGCUCAAGACCAAUUAUAACAACUUGCAAAUUUAUCAAUACUAAGUACACCUUUAGUGAAUUCUAGACUGUUACCUAGAGUAUCUUUAAAAAGGUUGAUCCAAAAAUUAUUCAAAUCCUCAUAAAGAGUAAAACACUAACUGCUUUAAUGAUCUCUCGGGUAUUGAGAUUAUGAGCAGAUAUGCACCAAAGUACAUCUGGCCUCAUAGAACAAAAUAUUGGAAAUUCAUGUAUUACACAGAAAACCAUUGAGAUCCCCUAAGAGCAUAUAGGAAAUGGUCUAUUUAGGAAGUGGGUAUGAAUCUUUGAUUGGUUUACUGUUUAAGAUUCUAAAAUUUGUGCAUAUUCUCGUUGAAGAGUCUUUCUUUACACAAGACUUGUUGACAAAGGACUCUUAGAUGGUUCUAUUCUGUCACAAUCUAGGAGUCAUUGUACCUCCUUGUCGCCCUCUCUCUUUUAUGAAAAGGUAAUAUAGGGGGCUGUAAUUCAACUGGAGUAGCCGUUACUGUGGUUUUUUUUUUUAUGUCUUAUGUCUAUUGCUCUACUUACUUGAUCUUUUUAUUUUAUGCCGUACAAGUACUUGUUUCAAUUUAUCAACAUGAGACUCUGAAAGAUUUGAACUACUUCUGUCAAACACAUCUUGUAAGUACAAGGGAAUAUCUUUAGUAACCAUCUGUGAUACUGUACAAAUCUAUGAGUCAUAUCAACUGACUCACAAACAGCAGUGCAAGUUGAUUUAAAUACCGUGUGUACUUCAUCCGUCAAGUUUGCUAUCCUCAAGGGAACAUGACCCUGACUUGGGUCAACUGAAGCCUUAGCAAUCAGAAGAUAACUAGUAUGAUUUGACGUCACUGGUUCGACUAUUUCUCUUAAUUUUCGGAACACGUUUUAUAAAUUUAUAUGUGACAUCACUUUGGGCUCUGCAUUGACAGGGCUGUGAUUUUGUAAUUUAUUCG